CCGAAGCUUCAAUAUCUUAUCUUCCGAUUCCAAGCCGCCGCUUUCUUCACAUUUCUCUACUAUAUUACUUCUUUUUCUAUUUUUCUCCGGCCGCCGGAACCGCUGCUUCCCAUGGCGGAACGGGAACCCAUACGCCGCCGAGCCGCCGCCUUCAAUGAAAACGCCUGGUGCCGCGCCGUGCCCGGCGGCACCGGCACGGCGGUGCUAGCUCUUUCCUCCCGCGAAGCCCCCGACUCGCAACGUCUCCAAAAUGCCCUCCACAAACUCCAAAAUUCCCACCCUGUCCUCAAGUCCAGACUCCACGUGAGCCCCACCUCCUCCACUUUCUCCUUCGUGACCUCCCCGGACCCUUUCGUUCGGAUCACCACAUUCGGAGCCCCGGAAACGGUUAGAAUCCUGAAAGACCAAAAUGCCCCCGAGAACCGCUCUAUUUCCCCUCUCCAGAUUCUGCUCGAACACGAGCUCAACGAGAACGGCCCGUGGCGCGACCUGUGCUGUUACGGCUCCGACGCAGCGGCGGACAUGUUCUUCGCUACCUUGUACGAAGUCGGCUCCGGCAAGUGGGUCGCCGUGUUCCGCCUCCACGUGGCGGCGUGUGACCGGACCACCGCCGUGUCGCUGCUGGAAGAGCUGCUCGUGCUAAUGAGCAGCGCCGAAGAUCCGUCCCCCAUAGUUUUAACAGGUGAGAAAUGGGAAAUGGGAGUGGGGAUGGAGGAUUUGGUUCCUCAUAAGCUUGUGAAGAAGCCAUUGCUGGCCAGAGGUCUGGACAUGCUCAGCUACUCCAUCAACUCUCUCAGAUUAACAAAUCUGAAGUUUAAAGACGUCAAAUCUUCAAGGCGUUCUCAGGUGGCCAGGCUUCAGAUUAACCAAAACCAAACCCACAAGCUUCUAUCUGCGUGUAAGUCCAGAGAGAUCAAGUUGAGUUCCCUGUUGGUAGCGGCGGGGCUGCUGGCCGCUCACGCCUCCGGUGGCCAUGCCUUCCACCGCCAUCAACGGAAGUACGGAAUCAUCACGUUGAUCGAUUGCCGCCCGUUUCUCGACCCUCCGCUCUCUUCCCACCAUUUCGGAUUUUACCACUCUGCCAUCCUGAACUCCUACACCGUGAGAGGAGGAGAAGACCUGUGGGAACUGGCAAAGAAAACCUCGACGACAUUGGAGGCCUACAAGAACUCAAACAAGCAUUUUUCCGACAUGUCGGACCUGAACUUUCUCAUGUGCAGGGCCAUCGACAACCCGAGCCUCACAGCGUCUUCAGCGAUGAGGACGUCGCUGAUGACAGUGUUCGAGGACACAGUGGUCGACAACUCUAGAAGAAUGCAAGAGGAGAUCAACGUCGAGGAUUACAUGGGCUGCGCUUCCGUCCACGGCAUUGGCCCAUCCAUCGCCGUGUUCGACACGGUUCGAGAUGGGCGGUUGGACUGCAUCUUUGUCUAUCCAGCUCCGCUGCAUUCUCGAGAGCAAAUGGAGGCUCUGAUUGAUAGCAUGGAGGCUCUUCUUGUUAAAGGAUGAAGAACAACAAACGGUUUGCUUUUGCUUUGGGUUUUUUAGUAAAUUCCUAUCUUUUUUGUUCUAAUAUAUUUUUUGAAAUUGAGUCAUUUAUGGAAGAAAUUUACAUAUUGAUGUUACUGAGAUGUUAUAUAUAUAGAAUUUGAGAAAUAGAGAAUUUAUAGUUUUCA